AUGACAGAUAUGGGUGAACAGUCAGUCUUUCCUGAAAGCAGGGCAGUCCACGCGCCCGUGAGAUUACGGUACAGCAUGUCUGACUGCGAGCAGAGCGAGCCGAGAACUGGAGACCAAGUGUGUGUGCGCGCGCGCGGGCGAGGCGCGCGCGGGGCCGCGCAUUCGCGCGCUCCCGGGCCCGCGAGGAGGACGACGAGGAGGAGGAGGAGGAGGAGGAGGAGGAGGUGUAGGAGGCAGAGGUGGAGGUGGAGGUGGAAGAGGAGGAGGAGGAGGACGAGGUGGUGGAGGAGGAGGAGGAAGAAGAAGAGAAGGAGGAGGAGAAAGUGGCUCUCAGCGGCCGGCGGGAUUAAAAGUAACCAGACUCGUCCAGAAAACUGGGUCCAGGAAGGAAGUGACAGAAGACGAAUGGGAAAAGGAGAGCCGCUCACAGCCUUUGAAACAUCGCAAGACAGCCCCGCGAGUGGCGGCUCCCUGCUCUCUCCCGGCGCCGCCGCAGAGGACGCUCGGAGAACCGUCUCCGGCUGCCGCACGCUCUCUCCCCGGGGACGCAGCGAGCCAGCCAGCAGGAAAGUCCUUCUAAAGUCGGGAUCUUUCCUCUGACCAAUAGGAGCGCGACCCUAAUAGUUGCUCUGGUGACUUUUUCCCCGUUAAGAGACGCGUUAACCACUUCAUUGUUUCAUCCGUCCUAGCGCUCGUCUGCUACUCACGCGUAAAAGCCACCGUCCAGGAUGUCUGCAACACUCGAUUUCAGCGCGCUUUUCCUGCCCGCCCAGACUACCCGUUUUUCGGACCUGAAAGUUUGGAGGGUUAGAAAGCGUGCCCAAGAGCUUCUCAAGUGUUAGCAGUGUACAAAAUAAUAAAAU